AUCACGGUAUCACCUAUAUAAAGCAGUAUAUACUGGCAUUACAAUUUACAAGUUUUUAUUACGGAGUAUGAGUGAAAAAAAUCAAACUUUUGGUAUUUUGGAAGCUAUCAGUUUGCCCUCAUCUUUCUGAUUCCUUCCCUGCUCGACUACCCACCACACCAGCUACAUUUGUGAUUGCUGAUGUGAUCCUAAAGUGUAGUUUCUAGCAGCAUUUACAGACAACUCGGUGUAGCCCUAUUGUUAUCGGAGGGAGAGAUAGAGAGCGGUAUAGCCAGGAUCUACUCGCAAAUAAUUUAUCCGUGUGGAGAUAUCACGACAGUGCUAAACUUCCAAUUGCCUUAUAGUGCAGUUUAAGUAUCUCGGAGAUGGCAUCAUCUGGUCGGGGUGCGGCUGCUGGAGACAUGCAGGUGGUUCCUGUGGCAGAGAGGAAAGUAGCUAUACUUCCUCCUCGACCUCCAACGUCUUCCUCCAGUGCUUUAGUCGAAUACACACCACCAACGCCUAACCCUGAAGAGGAGGACCUUGAGGUUAAGCUCCGGCGUAUUCUUGAUUGUGUCCCUGUCCGUGUUAGCAAUACUUCUGGUAGCUCUGCGGGUUCUGGUUCUGGCGACUUUCAUCAGUAUCGACAAAUGAGACGAAAAGAACAAGACCGGCUUGCAAGGAUGGAUGCUGAUUACCAGAAAAGGAAGGAAGUGUCUGAAUUCAACAAAAGAAAAGAUGAACGGUUGAAGGCUGCUGAAGAGCGCACUGCAAAGAAACGUCUCAAACGACAGAAGAAGAAACAAAGGAAGAAAGAGAAAAAGAGCCAACCAGCUGCGGGUGUAGAAGCAAGAGAAAGAGAAGAAUCCUCAGAUAAUGCAGACUCAGAUAAUGGUGAAGCUGAGGAAUGAAUUAUAUAUAGCCUGAUAGGUACAAGUUAUUUCUCUUAUUGUAGAGGGGGAACGGGGAAGGAUUGAAAGUUCCAAAGAGUUCUUCAUUCAGCGUAGAGAGUGAUGAAGGAUUUUGAUUUGUAAUGGCCUUAGAGCAACCCUAACGCUGCCUUUCUAGUCUAUGUUUAGGGUGCCAAAUCAUUAAAAUUAGACAUUGUCUUUGAAUUUAUCCCGCCAAUACUUGUAGUCAUUUGUUGAUAUGGCAAAAAAAACUACUGUGAAGCCCUACGUUUGAGCGUAGAAAGCCAUCCAGAAUUCCAAACUUGCAGACUUUGACAACAAGUGGGAGAAACGAUUAAAAUAA